CUGACACAAAUCCAGACUCUUGCCCUUGCACGGGCUUUGCCUCUGCUGCUCAGUCUCACUACUCUGGUAGACGGAGCUUCACCCAAAAGCCGGAUUGCAAAGACCUUCAAGAAGUAUGGCGGCCCGAAACUGGCUACCAACUUCAGCAGCAAUGUCUAUUCGACAGACUUUUCCGGGGUAACCUGGGAUCAGGAUAACUGGCUGCUCUCCACCACAAAUCUAGAGCAAGGCCAGUUCCAGUCGCGUGGCUCUGUCGCCAACGGCUACAUCGGUAUCAGCGUGGCCAGCGCUGGCCCAUUCUUUGAAAUGGACGGCGAGGACGAUGGCGACGAAGGAACCAGUGGAUGGCCUCUGUUCUCGAAACGACAAGCCUUCGCGACCGUCAGUGGCUUUUUUGACUCCCAGGCAAAUACAAAUUCCUCGAACUUCCCUUGGCUGUCGCAGUAUGGAUACGAUACAACGAUCAGCGGUAUCCCUCACUGGAGCGGCCUCAUUAUCGACCUCGGUGAUGACACUUACCUCGACGCGACAGUGGACAACUCCACAAUCUCUGACUUCCGCUCCACCUACGAUUUCAAGGCGGGUCUUCUCUCUUGGUCUUAUACCUGGACCCCGGAGGGCGACAAGGGGUCUUUCCAAAUCAACUACCGUCUUUUCACGAACAAACUCUUCGUUAAUCAGGCUGUGGUAGACCUAGAGGUCAUUCCUUCCAAGGACUCCAAUGGAACGGUCGUGAAUGUCAUCGAUGGCAUCGCUGCUGUGCGUUCAGACUUUGUGGAAUCGGACCAGGACGAUCAUGCCAUUUUCUCAGCCGUGCGACCGAAUGGAAUCAGCAACGUCACUGCCUACGUUUACGCCAAUGUUACCGGAAAUUCUGGCGUCGAUCUGUCAUCGCUACAGGUGGUCAACGAUGCCCCAUAUCUCAGUAAAAAUGAUUCCUCCAUCGCACAGUCUGCUGAUGUGAAUUUCAAGGCCGGCCAAUCCGUGAGAGUGACCAAGUUCGUCGGCGUAGCAUCAACCGAUGCCUUUGCGGAUCCAAAGAUGGUGGCCAAGGAAGCUUGCUCUACUGCGAUGAAGAAUGGAUGGGCCAAGUCACUUCAAUCGCAUGUCACCGAGUGGGCAAGCGUUAUGCCAGAUGAUUCCGUCGAUCAAUAUACUCUCCCCGGAAAUGGAUCUCUCCCCGCGGACAGUAUCUUAAUCGACACUCAGAUUAUCGCCGUGGCCAACACAUACUAUCUGCUACAAAACACUGUUGGCAAGAAUGCCAUCAAGCAAGCAAACAACACUGCGCUCAACCGGGAUAGCAUUUCGGUCGGUGGUUUGACCUCUGACUCGUACGCUGGACAAGUAUUCUGGGACGCAGAUGUCUGGAUGCAGCCGGGUCUCACGACAUCGCACCCCGAAGCCGCUCAGCGGAUUACCAACUACCGCCUGGAUAGAUAUCCACAGGCCCAGGAGAACAUCAAGACUGCAUACGCCGGUUCCAAGAAUAAGACCGGCUUUUCCCCCUCUGCCGCCGUCUAUCCCUGGACUAGUGGGCGAUUUGGUAACUGCACGGCCACUGGCCCUUGUUGGGAUUACCAAUACCACUUGAAUAUCGAUAUUGGGAUCUCCAUGGUGAAUGAGUGGGUGACUAGUGGUGACACGAAAUUCUUUAAGGAGAAUCAUUUCCCAAUUUACGAUUCUGUGGCUACUCUCUUUACCGAUCUUCUGGUACAAAACGGGUCUUCUUGGACCCUAACCAAUAUGACUGACCCAGACGAGUAUGCUAAUCAUGUCGAUGCGGGUGGCUUCACUAUGCCGGCCAUCGCCGAAACUUUGCGCCAUGCAAACUCUUUCCGCCAGCAAUUUGGACUCGAAGAAAAUUCCACCUGGGACGACAUGGCUGACAACGUUUUAAUUCUCCGCGAAGGUGGAGUGACACUUGAAUUCACGACUAUGAAUGGGAGUGCCGCAGUGAAGCAGGCUGAUGUGGUUCUAAACACCUUCCCGCUGGAUUUUACUUCGAACUACAGUGCUCAAGAUUCGCUGAAUGACCUUGACUACUAUGCCAAUAAGCAAUCUCCUGACGGACCGGCGAUGACUUGGGCCAUUUUCUCUGCUGUUGCGAAUGAGAUGUCCCCCUCGGGAUGCUCGGCUUACACAUAUGGGCUGUAUUCCUUCCGGCCCUAUACUCGUGCGCCCUUCUACCAAAUGUCCGAACAGCUCAUCGAUGAUUCCACUAUCAAUGGCGGCACCCACCCUGCUUUCCCUUUCUUGACAGGACACGGCGGAGCUAAUCAAGUGGCCAUCUUCGGGUACCUAGGACUUCGCUUGCUGCCUGAGGACUUCCUGCGAGUUGACCCCAAUCUCCCGCCGCAGAUCCCUCACUUGAAGUAUCGCACAUUCUACUGGCGUGGAUGGCCAAUCUCCGCUUGGUCUAACCAGACGCAUACCACAAUCAGCCGAUCCAACUCAGCGCCUCUGGAAACUGCAGACCUACGCUUCGCCAACAAGACUAUUCCCAUCCACGCGGGUUCUGACGACGACAUCACUGUUCACAACCUCCAGUUGCAAGGUUCGGUCGUUCUGCAGAACCGCCAAAUCGGCCUCAAGAACACCGUUGAGGGAAAUCUCGUGCAGUGCCAGUCUGUCCAGUCGGAAAGUGCCUACGAACCUGGCCAAUUCCCCAUCUCGGUGAAUGACGGUGCCGCCUCGACGAAGUGGCAGCCUUCAUGGGCAGACAAUGUGAGCGCGAUCACAGUGUCAUUUGGAAAGGAAGCAGGAUCCCUUGUUUCGGGCUUUUACUUUGACUGGGCUCAAGCCCCACCUGUCAAUGCGACCGUUGUCUUCCACAACAGGACCCUAGGCAACGCAGAGAUCACAAUGGGAAGCCAGGACUCGGACUACCAAGUGGUUUCUUCCCUGAAUAAUGUCAACCUCUCGGAUCCAUACACUAACACGACCAAUUUGGACGCUAUCGCCAUACCUGUCGGGAACACUACUAAUGUCACCCUGCCUUCCGCAAUUCCCGCUGCUAAGUAUGCCUCUCUGCUUAUUGUGGGUAACCAGGGCUUGGACGCCGCCGAUAUCGAGGCGAAGAAUGGAACCGGUGCCACCGUCGCUGAAUGGGCGAUCCUUGGACAAACACAAGGUAGCAGUAACUCCUCCAGCGUGGAGACUGCUAAGCGGAUGAAGGUGCGGACCGCGGGAUUGUCGGACUCUGGAUCUUUUAUGCGUCGUCGUCGCGAGAUUUUCGUCUAG